AUGCCUACUACUAUCUCGGAGACUGCUUCCACGCCAACCAUUAGCCCAAGAAACUGCCGUUGUCUACCUCAUGAUCCGUGCUGGCCAUCAACACACGAGUGGAAUCUCUUCAACGCAACUGUGAACGGACAUCUUAUCCAAAUCCGACCCGUGGGCUCGGUAUGCCACGGCGCGCUCCAAUCCACAACCUGGGAAACCUCCCCAAUCACCAACAGCAGCUGCUUCGUCCACACCCCCCGCACCGUCCCCUGCACCCAAGGCCGGAUCCCCGUCUACGGUAUCCUCGCGCACUCAGCAGAAGAGAUCCAGCACGCCGUUAGCUUCGCCCGCCGCCAUAACCUGCACGUUGCGAUUCGCAACACAGGCCACGACGGCAUCGGCAGGUCAAGCGGAUACGGCUCGUUCCAGAUCAAUGUAAGUCGCCUGAAGGCGAUGCACUUCGAUCGAGACUUUACCCCUCAGGGUGGAAUGAGGUCGCGUGGGCACGCUGUGACGCUCGGGGCUGGGGUCCUCGGGCUCGAGGCCCUGGCGGCCGGACGGAUGAACGGCGUAAAUGUGGUAACAGGAACAUGUAGCUCUGUUGGUCUGGUGGGUGGGUUUUUGCAGGGCGGGGGGCUGUCAUUGUUGGGCCCUGCGUACGGAACUGCCUCAGAUAAUGCUUUGGAGAUGUGGGUUGUUACUGCUCAGGGAGAUCUGGUCGUUGCAAAUGAGUAUCAGAAUGAGGAACUUUUCUGGGCGUUGCGAGGAGGUGGCGGAGGGACGUUUGGGGUGGUCGUCAACACAACCAUCCGCGCGUAUCCUGACGUCCCAGCCGUGCAUUUCGUCUUGACGGCGGCGGUUCCCAGACAAUACAAUGGCACGGUUGGGGGCGAUCAGGCCAUUUGGGAUAUCACGGCCGAGCUUACAAAUAUACUUCCUGCGUUGAAACGCAUGAAGAACGCCACCAGCGCAAUCAUCGUCCCCAGGUUCGAGGCAACUCGCGCCGUGCUGGAGGCGCAUAUCCUUUUCGUCAACAUCAGCGACAAGGGGCGCAUCGAGCGGCAGUUUAGCAGCAUGCAUGACGUUUUGAAAAUCCGCGGGUUAGCAGGCGUCUACACGUCUGAGCUGAAAGUCUACCCUCAGAUGUCCACCUGGCUCAACGUUCCCAGACAGCUCAACACCGCGGGGUUUGGGCUGAUCGAGGGAUCCGUGCUUGUCUCCGAGGAAAACUUCUUCGCCCCUAACGGGACGUCUCGCAUAACGGAUGUACUGUCUCGCUUGGAGUACAUCGUGGGCGACUCGGUCGAGAUCCUCAUGUCGGUCGGCGGCCAGGUCAAGGCCAAUGCAGACAUCGUCGAUAGCGCUCUACUUCCUGCGUGGCGGGAGGCCGGGCUACUAUUGACGAUCCGGCGUGUUUUGCCCUCUACCUCCAUGACGAAGACUAUGCUGAAUAGCCAGUUGCCGUUCGUUCGGGCUUUGCAGGUCCCGCCUCUGGGCGCGUAUUACAAUGUGGCUAAUAUCGAAGAACCAGAUGCACGGGUGGCGUUUUGGGGUGAGAACUACCAGCGGUUGUAUGAGGUCAAGCAGAGGUGGGACCCGGAGGGGCUGUUUAUAGUUAGGAUGGGAGUUGGGAGUGAGCAUUGGGACGAUGAGGGAAUUUGUCGUGUCUAG